UGGAGUGUUGACUUGAUAAAGAGGCUGCUUGCUUUGGGGAACUGAAUCAAGGAACGUGUCACAGAGUUGAACAUCAAACAGCCUGUUUCAGCAGGUUCCACUAGAACCCUGCCUUCCAACGCUGGGACAGAAGCUUCCUGUCCUCCUUAAGAAAAUGGGGGCUGACGGUGAACAUGCAGUUCUAAGGAACUUUCUAGUCAGUCUCAACUUAAUGCUGCUAGGCUCCAUCUUCAGACCUUUCGAGUGCCGCCUGGAAGUGAUGACGGAGAGAGUCAAAAGACAGGUGACUGACGCCGAAGGGGGCUUUACCAACUACACGGCACCUAUCAAAGACCAGCCCAUGGUCUUUAGCCAUAUAUACAACAUAAACGUGCCUCUGGACAGCCUCUGCGCAACAUCCCUAGAGGCUUCGUCUGACCCGGAGGUGAGUUCAGAAGAUGACCGGAUGACGGAAUACACCGAACAGACCUCAGACAGUGAGAGCCAGGUCACCUUCACCCACAGGAUAAACCUCCCCAAACAGACUUGCAAGUGUGCCGCCUCCUCCCGGGACAUACAAGAGCUGCUGAGCAGGAUUGAGAUGCUGGAGAGGGAGGUGUCCAUGCUCCGUGACCAGUGCAACUCCAAUUGCUGCCAAGAAAAUGCAGCCACAGGGCACCUAGAUUACAUUCCCCACUGCAGUGGCCAUGGCAACUUCAGCCUGGAAUCCUGUGGUUGUGUCUGCAAUGAAGGCUGGGCUGGGAAGAACUGCUCCGAGCCCCUCUGCCCCAUGGGCUGCUCAAGCCGGGGCGUGUGCGUUGAUGGCCAGUGCAUCUGUGACAGUGACUAUAGCGGAGAGGAUUGCUCAGAGGCCCGCUGCCCCACCGACUGCAGCUCCCGAGGGCUCUGCGUGGACGGAGAAUGCAUCUGCGAAGAGGGCUUUGCUGGCGAAGACUGCAGUGAGCUCAGGUGCCCCGAGGACUGCUCAGGAAAGGGGAAAUGUGCCAACGGGACUUGCAUCUGCCAGGAGGGCUACGUGGGGGAAGACUGCGGGCAGCUGAGAUGCCUCAACGCCUGCAGCGGGCGCGGAUUCUGCCAGGAGGGCCUGUGCUCUUGCGAGGAAGGCUACCAGGGGCGAGACUGCUCAGCAGUUGCUCCACCUGAGAACCUGCGAGUGGCUGUGGUUGGCGACAGGUCCAUCGACCUGGAAUGGGAUGGGCCAAUGGCCGUGACUGAAUAUGUGAUCUCCUACCAGCCAGCAACGCCUGGGGGUCUGCAGCUCCAGCAGAGGGUGCCUGGGGACUGGAGCAGUGUCACCAUCAAGGAGCUGGAGCCAGGUUUGACAUACAACAUCACCAUCUAUGCCGUCAUCAGUGAUGUGCUCAGUGCCCCAGCCGGGGUCAAGGUGGCCACCCAACUCUCCACUCCACAAGGGCUGCAGUUCAAAACAAUCACAGAGACCACCGUCGAGAUGCAGUGGGAGCCCUUCUCCUUCUUGUUUGAUGGCUGGGAGAUCAGCUUUAUCCCCAAGGACAAUGAAGGGGGCGUGAUUGCACAGCUCCCUAGCAGUGUGACAACCUUUAAUCAGACGGGUCUGAAACCAGGUGAGGAGUACACAGUCAACGUGGUCGCCCUCAAGGAACAAGCCCGCAGUCCGCCAGCCUCAGCCAGUGUCUCAACCCUAAUUGAUGGACCAACCCAGAUAUUGGUGAGAGAUGUCUCAGACACAGUGGCAUUUGUUGAAUGGACUCCACCCCGGGCUAAAGUUGACUACAUUCUGCUGAAGUAUGGCCUCGAGAAUGGAGAAGGGGGAAGGACCACCUUCCGACUACAACCCCCCCUCAGCCAGUACUCCAUGCAGGCCCUGCGCCCUGGCUCACGGUACGAAGUCUCCAUCGCUGCUGUCCGUGGGACCAAUGAGAGCGACGCCGCAGUCACCCUCUUUGUCACAGAAAUUGAUGCUCCCAAGAACUUGCGUGUGCUCUCCCGGACAUAUGACAGCCUGGAACUUGAGUGGGACAACAGCGAGGCAGAGGUGGAGAAUUUCAAGGUCAUCUAUAGCACUCUGGCCGGAGAGCAGUACCAUGAGCUUCUGGUGCCACGAAGUGCAAGUGCCACAACCCGGGCCACCCUCACAGAUUUGGUGCCAGGAACAGAAUAUGGAGUUGGGAUUUCAGCUGUAAUGGAUGGCAAGCAAAGUGUUCCGGCUACCAUGAAUGCAAGGACUGAGCUCGAUAGCCCUCACGACCUCAUAGUGACAGCUUCCACAGAGACAUCCAUCUCUGUGUCCUGGACCAAAGCCAAGGGCCCCAUUGAUCACUACCGGGUCAUCUUCAUUCCCGCUUCAGGAAUGGCAUCUGAGGUUACCGUUGCCAAAGACAAGUCUGAGCUUACACUAUCAGACUUGGAACCCGGGACUGAAUACACAAUCUCUGUCAUUGCCGAAAGAGGCCGCCAGCAGAGCCUGGAGAGCACAGUGGAUGCCUUCACAGGGUUCCGGCCAAUCACGCAGCUUCACUUUUCUCAUGUGACUUCCUCCAGUGUGAACAUCACUUGGAGUGACCCGUCUCCUCCAGCAGAUAGGCUGAUACUGAACUACAGCCCCAAGGACAAAGAGGAAACCAAGCAAGUGAUGCUAGACCCGACCAAGAGACAUGCUGCCUUGUUUGGCCUGCAGCCGUCCACGGAGUACGUUGUGUCCUUGGUGGCUGUGCAUGGCCUUGUUAGCUCUGAGCCCAUCAUAGGCUCCAUCAAAACAGGGAUUGAUCCACCAAGGAACCUGACCAUUGACAACGUGACUACAGAUUCUGUGACGGUCCACUGGGCUCCUCCUCUUGCAUCUUUUGACCAUUAUAGGAUAGCCUACAAAUCUGCCCAAGGACGAGUGGACAGCCUAGUUAUCGCCAAAGGUGUUACUGAAUACACGCUCAGCCACCUGCAGUCUGCCACGGAGUAUGAGAUCAGCUUGAAGAGUGUCCGAAGCAGAGAAGAAAGUGAGCCUCUCUCACACACUCUGUAUACAGCCAUGGAUAAUCCAGAGAGCUUGACUGCCACGAACAUCACCCCAACGGAGACCUUGCUCCGUUGGGAACCGCCCAUGGCUGAAGUUGAGAAUUAUGUCAGUCUCACACAUGACACAGUUGCCGGAGAAACCAUUUUAGUGGACGGGACCAACCAGGAGUACCAACUCAUCAGUUUGCUGCCCAGUACGAGCUACGGAGUCACCAUGUAUGCCACCAAUGGGCCUGUCACCAGCAGAACCAUCUUCACAAACUUCACAACUCUUUUGGAUCCUCCCUCAAAUUUGACUGCAAGUGAAGUGACUCGGAGAAGUGCUCUGCUUUCGUGGCUCCCUCCUAUGGCUGAGAUUGAGAACUACAUGACUUACCGGUCACCUGAUGGCAGCCGCAAGGAAUUGAUUGUGGAUGCAGAAGACACCUGGAUCCGCCUAGAGGGGCUUUCGGAAAACACAGAAUACACAGUGCGCUUGCAAGCAGCCCAGGAUGCUGUGAGGAGUGGAUUCACCUCUACCAUCUUCACUACAGGAGGUCGUGUGUUUAUGAAUCCUCAAGACUGUGCCCAACAUUUGAUGAAUGGCGACAUGAUGAACGGUGUUUACACCAUCUCUCUUAAUGGGGAUCUUGGCCAGAGAGUGCAAGUGUACUGUGAUAUGACCACGGAUGGAGGCGGAUGGAUUGUGUUUCAGAGACGGCAGAACGGGCUGACAGAUUUUUUUCGGAAGUGGGCAGAUUAUCGUAUUGGCUUUGGAAACUUGGAGGAUGAGUUCUGGCUGGGACUAGACAAUAUGCACAAGAUCACGUCACAGGGGCGCUAUGAACUGCGGAUAGAUAUGAGAGACGGCCAGGAAACAGCCUUUGCAUAUUAUGACAAGUUCUCCGUUGGAGAUGCCAGGAGCCUGUACAAGCUUCGGAUAGGGGACUACAAUGGCACUGCCGGGGAUUCUCUCACAUAUCACCAAGGGCGCCCGUUUUCCACCAGAGACAGAGACAACGACGUUGCCGUCACAAACUGUGCCAUGUCAUACAAAGGGGCCUGGUGGUACAAGAACUGUCACAGGACCAACCUCAACGGCAAGUAUGGAGAGUCCCGACACAGCCAGGGUAUUAACUGGUACCACUGGAAAGGACACGAGUUCUCCAUACCCUUUGUGGAAAUGAAGAUGAGGCCCUACAACCAUCGCAACACCCUGGGGAGGAAGCGGCGGUCCCUGCAGCUGUGAAGGGGCCAGGAUCCCUCUGGACAAGCGGUCCUUUUCUGUCAUUUGUUUGUAUUUUAUAAUCUGAGAAGGAGAGGACAAAAGGUAGCAGCCUGCUCCAUACUGAGUGGCUGAGGGAAGCCAUGACGCCCCUGAGGGAUGGCUCACUUUGGUAAGAGAACCACCUUGAUGCUUUGCUGUCAAUCCCAGUGACUUUCUUGAGUUCCUACCCAGCACACCUCCAUAAAAGAAGAGUUUGUUUUGUUUUUUUUGUUCUCUCUUGAACCUAUUAGAAAAUGGCUUCAUUUAAGGUUUUCCUUCUUAACCCAGUUUCUACUGUACGUGGGGUGCAUCUUUACACAUGCCAGCCUGUUCUGCCAGUGGGUACCAAGGUCGGCUCCCAGAGCUCUGGUUGCCCAUUGUUGCUGCUGCUACAUGAACCAAGUGACAUUUUCACAGUGAUGCCUCCUUAGCCAGCAAAUCUCCAUCA